UCUGUGUGUGGGGUGGGGGCAAAUAUGAGGCAGCGUAGCAGACAUUUCGACGUCGUGUCCGUUGUCUUGUCUUUACAACUGAAUCCACACAUCGUAGCGUGCCGUGCCGUGCCGUGCCGUUCCAUGCCAUGCCAUGCCAUGCCGUCUCGUCCCGUCAUGUGCAUUGAGCUGUCUUUUGUUCUGGCUCGAUCGAUCUUUCCUUCCGUUCAUCUGUCGAUUGCAUUUAAGGCAAAUAUCCCUUAUAAGAAAUACCAGCGGCGACCAGCAGCUACCAGCAGCUACCAGCAGCACCUAUAUGUCUUAUCGUCGGUGGAAAUGCUUGACAAUAAAUUAGAAUUUGUGCAAAUUGUCCCAGCCCAGCCGAUCGAUCCACUCCACUCCACUCCACUCGAUGGUCCCGCCAUGAUCGUGCAAAUAAUAGAGUCAAAACUGAAGAAGCAAAAGCCCUCAGGCAAAUCGCAGAUUUCUGUGAUUUAUACCAUAACAAAAUAAAACCUAAAAAAAUCAAACAAUAACCAC